UUCAGAAGAGAUACUGGACCACGAGGUAGAGGACCUUAUGGACGUGGAUGGCACCAACCUAGGAUGGUAAUGCCACCCAAUAAUGAUCACGAGGAAUGGAGCACGCUUAGCCAUCCAAAGUUCCCAGCAGAGGGUUGGUACACUAAGGUAUCCAGUUCACAGAAAAGAAGGCUUCAAAGGAAGUUUGCAGCCAGGGCUUAUGGUGACCCAUGGGACCAUGUGUUCGAACCAAGAGAGAGAUUGGAACCAUCAAAGGUUCCAAACAUGGUAUGGACCCGGGAUCAAGGAGAAACUAGUGGCCCAAAGCAGAUAAUUCAAAAGCAUGGGGGGCAAGAGAGUAGUGCUACAGAUCCUCCCCAGUCGACUGCCCAACUGAAGGGUAAAAAAGAAUUGAAGCAGAGCUUAAAGAAGAAAAUGGAGGAAUUCCAGAAGCUCAUGGAGGCAGAUGAUGAUGAUGAUCUCUUUGACGAAGGGUCAGAACAGGAAGACCUGAUCAAAGAUGCGUCACCGUCUCCACAGAGAUCUGCAACAUUUGGAGAAAGCCUGGCCGCAAUCCAAUUCGGGCCUUGAUCUUUCUAAAGCAAGAAGAAGCAGCGGGAAUGGAGGUCUUUUGGGCAGACCGACAUCCAUUCAAAGCAGAGACUAACAACGUAGAAGCAGAUCUCUACAACGAACAUUUGUGGCCAACAAGAAUAGAAGACUCAGAAGUCAGAUCUAAUCAAGUUGGAGUAACUGAGAGCCAAUUCCUCAAAUACAUCAAGGAAGGGUUCCAGGAGCUGAGCAAAGAUUUUAUCAGGCCUAACAUUAUUUCAAGGCCUGCCAAGAUUGAUCAACAAGUUUUUAAUGUUUAGAAACCUAUUGAACACAGGGUGUGAAGAUUUGGCUACUGUGAAAGCCACUUUUAAAAGGUUGUUUUCUUUUCUUGUUGACAGAAAAUUGCAGGCAGAUGAGCCUAUUUCUUGUAAUUGGGCUGAGUGUGUUUUUGAUGAUAGCCCUCUAAACAUGAAAGAGUUAGGAUUAGCAGACCUGAAACCAGCACCAGCUAAGCUAGAUGAUGACGGGGCCCAAGUAAAGGAUCCCACAGAAGAAGUCAACUUGGGAACUCCAGAAGAUCCUAAGAUCACAUAUGUAAAUGCUGCUUUGCCUAUUGAAAUAAAGGAAAAGUUU